CAAGGGCGGUGUGGUGGUGUCACCCGGGCGUAUCCAUCGUCCCUGGACUGCGGGACUUGGAGCCCGCGCCGAUUCUCUCUAGCUGAUUGGAAACUUUCUUGGACCUGCCUUAGAACCUGGCUCAACAAGUUUGGGUUUUGUUUGUGGGUUUGUUGGGUUUUUUUCUUUUCAGCGAAUUUUAAGCAACUUAAAUUAGGACUUUUUUUAACCCAUUCACGUCUAUCUUUAACCUCCGGCUUUUUCCAGCGGUCAAAAUAGUUUGGUGAAAACCCAGUUCUUCAGAAAGCCCAACGCACGCCGAGGUCGCGCCUGUAGCUCGAAGAGUCUCCGGCGGGAGGUGCUGUGCGCCCUUUGAAGGGAGCCCAGGUUCAGGCCCGGGGAGCCUGGCUUCCCCCUCUGAGGCGUGUGAGAGCUGGAGGGACCGGGGACCCGGCUGACUGGGCCAGGCCCACCCGAGGAAGGACCGGCGGGCCGGUGCCAGGGCCGAGAUGGGGCCCGAAGUGUUGCCAACUUAGGUAGUUUGGAGGGAGUUGGGAAGGGAAGCAAAGCUGCUAGCGUGCUUAAGCGCGAAGCCAAGGCGCCUUGCAGGGUGGCCUGGAAGGGGACAGCACAGUUUGGAAGUGUAGCAGCCCAGGCCUUCGGCGUGAGGGCCCCUGGAGUCCGCUCAGAGGCCGGGGACAGGGACCGGGGUGGGGGCAGCGGUAGGGACUCGAGGAAUCCGGGAGCUAGAAUUUGCCCCGGGAGUGUGACCCCUGGGGGUCCGAACUCAGCUUAGUCGGUUUACGUUUACUGACUUGUCUGAACCUCAGUUUGCUCACUUGUAAAAUGGGGAAUGUGUUGAGACCUCGCGAGGAAAGCGGACGCAAAGCGCUUGGCGAGGCGCGCAUGCGGUGCGCCAGAGGCUGCUGAGCCCGCCCAAGGCCGCCCUGCCCCGGCCCGCACCCUCACGGCGCCCGAGACCGGUUCUCUUCUAGAAGGUGUCUAUGCCAUCGCUCCUUCCUCAGGCGCACCGCCGCCGGACAUGGCGGCCAACAGCUCCUCCUGCGCCUCCCCACUGACAGCCCUCGUCCGCCCGAGCGUGCGCCCUUGCCCAUGCUCGCGUACCGGCUUCGCCCUGCGGGGCCUUUCUCCACCUUGACCUCCUCGGUGGCUGGAACCAGCCUGAUUCUGCCGCCUCCAGGAGGGAGGCGCCCUGGGGAGCGAGGGCGAGAAGAGGGACACCUCGCAGCUUCAUCCAGCGCCCAAGCUCUAAUCAGCCUCCCCAAGGUGCCAGCUGCGCCCAGUGCCAAGACAGGCCCACGGCCACUAACUGCUCUUGGCAACCGUCGAAGCGCCCAAGCAACCUCCGCUCACGAAAACCCGCUCAAACCUCCAGCUGGACUCGGGCAAAGGAAUACGGUUACCACUAACUACAGAAGCAGCCAACCCUCUUUACCACCGGUUCCGCGGGAGAAUGCGGAAGGGCCGCCGCGAGAACCGACGUGCGCCCACCGCUGUACCUCCAGGCGCGCAAGUCCAGCGGGGAGUUCGCGGAGGAGUGGGUUCAGAAGGCCCGAGGACGGCAGCAAGCCUGGAGGCCCAGAGGCCAAGAGCCUAGAGGUGCCCUGGAGGCCCGGAGGAUCGCGGCUGCGCUCGGAGCGGCCCCGCCACUCGCGGCCCGGGUCCCUCCCGGCCCUGGGAGACAGGUGCAGCCGCAGCCUCCGCCGCCCGCUGGGCCGGGGCGGCCGCCGCGCACUGGUGCGGAACCACUAUCGUAACGAGUUUGCGCUUCUGUUUACAAAGCAAUCCUUCCAUCAAAAGAGGAACAAAAUCACCACUUAUCACACCCUGUCAUAAAGUAAUCUGCCCUGGAGGGAAAC